AUGUUAGACUUCCCUAGUGACGAACCGAUCUUUCUUCGGACGCACUAUGACCCGGACGGCGACGAGAAGACGGAGAAAUGGGUGAGCGAUGCGUGUACGAAUUCCUCCCUGAAAUGGCUGCUCCACCACACAGCCGUCCACCAGACAAUCGCGUGCCACGGAAUAUCCAUGCCCCCAGAACGCAGCUCAAGGACUGGCUUAGCGAGAAAAAAGCAUAAUAAACCUGAUAAGUGGAGGGAGGAUCCGCAUCAUUUUACUGAGAUCGCGGCGGCUGGACUUCUCCGCACAGUGGCAGCCAUGUACCUGCCCAUUGCAGACCAGGGGGCCUUUGAUACCAAAGGGCACUUGCGGCUGAUUUACCUAGAUUGUAAACGCAAUAUCAGUAAGGAAACAAGUGUUGAGCCGGAUGAGGUGACGAACUCAGACGUCAUCAUGGAGUGGUUUAUUCGGGCAACACCUCCGGAGUCGUGGGAGGAGGGGACCACUGGGGACAGGUACCGCAUUAAAGGCGAUUUGACGAGAGAGUUGUAUUAG